CGAUUUAUAAAAAUUCGUACCGAAGCAAAUGUGCCGACAUAAAUCUAUAAUCGGAUCUCGACAACGAUGUCUGAAAACAGCGUGAAAACUGUGAAAAUAAAUACGGAACUAACAAACGUUAAGCUCGAUAACAAAAUGGGAAAUAAUAAAAAUAACAGUUCCAGUGAGGAAAAUAAAAGAAAAGUGACAAGCGGUUCCGGCGACUCACAUAUCAAAGUCAAGAGUGCUAUCCCUAGAAAACGACAAGAAUUACUGAAGUGGUACGGUUGGGGCUACAACGAUUCGUAUUUUAAAAUUGAUACACGAGAUAACAAAGGCGUUGUAACUUUUACUGGAGAUAGAUAUCUCAUAGGCGGUAAAACAUUACCGCAUUUCGCGUCAUGGGUGAAAGAGAAGUUCGACGUGGAUCUGCUGGAGCAGCCCCGGGUGCCGGACGUGCCCCCGUCGUUCCCGGACACCCGGCUCCCGGAUCACGUGUACGAGGAGCUGGGCCGGAUAUCCGGCACGAGCAGGGACGGCAUGGACCGGUACAUCCGGGCGCACGGACAGACGUUGAGGGAGAUGGCUUAUACCCGGACGAACGGGUUCAAGAGAAUACCCGAUGCGGUGGUGUGGCCGAAGACGCAUGAUGAGGUUGUAGAAAUAGUGAACCUGGCCGGCAAGCACCACUUCGUGAUAAUACCCUUCGGCGGUGGAACCUCCGUGUCCUGCGCCGUGCUGUGUCCGGAAAACGAGGAGAGACCGAUAGUGGUGCUCGACACCAGCGACAUGAACUCCAUCCUGUGGCUGGACAAGGACACCCUGCUGGCUAGGGUUCAGGCAGGUAUAGUAGGCCAGGAUCUGGAGCGCGAGAUGCGGUCGCGCGGCUGCACGGUGGGCCACGAGCCGGACUCGUAUGAGUUCUCCACGCUGGGCGGCUGGGUCGCGACCCGGGCUAGCGGCAUGAAGAAGAACACGUACGGCAAUAUUGAGGAUAUAGUUGUGCAGACUAAGGUGGUGACUGCCCGUGGCGUGAUAGAGCGCAGCUGCCGCGUGCCGCGCCUGUCGUGCGGCCCGGACUGGGAACACGUCAUCCUGGGCUCCGAGGGCUGCCUGGGUGUCGUCACCGAGGUGACAUUAAAGAUCCGUCCCCUACCACCAAUCGUGCGGUACGGUUCUCUGGUAUUCCCAGACUUUGACUCUGGAUUCCAUUUCGUGAGGGAGGUCGCCAGACAUCGCCUGCAGCCGGCCAGCAUACGACUUAUAGACAAUGAACAGUUUCUCUUCGGCCAUGCCUUAAAAGCUGAAGCGUCCUGGGCGUCGAAUCUGGUCGACGGACUAAAGAAGAUGUACUUAACAAAGCUUAAAGGAUUCGAUCUAAAGAAACUAUGCGCAGUGACACUUUUAAUUGAGGGUACCUUAGAAGAGGUGACGGACAGAGAGAAGAAGCUCAACACAAUCGCCGCGAAGUAUGGCGGAAUCCCGGGAGGCGCUAAGAACGGAGAGAUAGGAUACACACUCACCUUUGUCAUCGCUUAUCUCAGGGACGUAGCGAUCGACUUCAACAUAGUUGGCGAAUCGUUCGAGACGUCGGUGUCGUGGGAGCGCGCGCCACUGCUGUGCCGCAACACCGUGCGGCGCAUCCGUGACGAGUGCGCCCGACGACGCCUCACACACUAUCUGGUGUCGCACCGCCUCACGCAGACGUAUGACGCCGGAUGCUGUAUAUAUUUCUAUUUCGCAAUGAAGUGUAUCGAUGCGAACGCCGUCAAAAUAUACGAGGAAAUAGAGGAGGCUGCUAGGGACGAGAUCGUCGCUUGUGGUGGAUCGAUAUCGCAUCACCACGGUGUGGGGAAGCAUCGUAAGAAAUGGUAUAAGGGCACCGUGAGCGAGCCGGGCCGAAUGCUGCUAUUGUCAGCUAAACGUACGCUCGAUCCAGACAACAUUUUCGCGCUAGGGAACAUGGACUUCGACGAAUAUAAAGUACAAAGUAAACUAUAGUGCGGGACCAACCUUAUCUCUAAGUUUGUGAUAUGCUUACUAACUUAUAAGUAGUUAUAAGUUUCCAUUUUUAUGUUUUAGUUAUAAUUAAGGGCUACUCCAUGCUCCAUCUGUCAAAAAGUUAUGGAUAGAUUAUCCGGCACUUAUCAGGAAGUGGUGAAACAGGCCCUAAAAGUGAAGCUAAUGCUCUAAUACGUUUUAUUUUACAAUUCAUAAACUUUUGAUGUACACUAUCUACACGGCAUUGACGCGAAAUUACACUUCACGUUCCAAAGAAUUGAUGUUUUACAAAAUGUGUGAAUCUGAGAUUUUACUUAAAACAAUAUGUUCUAUGGAACCUGAAGCGUCGUGUUAUGUCGGCUGUCGCCUUAGUGCGUCUCGCCCAUAAAGUUAAUAUACCUAGUGGAAUAGAGCAACAAUCUCGAG